AUGGCCCGUGUUCAAGCUCUGGAGGAACAGCCCAAGUUCGAGGUUGAAGACGCAUGGAACCUUCUGAAGGACCUUAAGGGCAGGUUUUCAAACAGCUUAAUAUCCGUCUGCAACAAAAACGGGUUGAAGUUUGACUCUGCUCUUCAGGAGCUCUGGGCGGCAAGCAUCAAGAGAUACACGACAUAUUCGGAGUGGGAGCAAGCGGAGGGGUCCAAAGCUUUGGGUGGGUAUGACUUGGAGGCCGCUCUUGAGGGGCUCAAGCUCGGCGCAGCAGAAGAAGGCGUCAAAGAGGAGGCAAGCGGCGCAGAGGUCAAGGCGCGCAAAAACACGAAGGAAAAAGGGGUUCUGUAUUUCACAGGGCCGCAGUGCAAACCCGCAGUGCUUUCAAGCAUCAAGGAGGCCAGAAAGUCGAUCCAUGUCAUCAUGUACCUUUUCAAUGACGAAGACAUCGCUGGAGCUUUGGUCGCAAGUGCAGAGGCGGGAAAAGAUGUCUCCGUCAUAAUGAGCGAGGAAAACUUCAAGGAGAAAGCGCCCGGAUACAAAAACGCAAAGUUUUUCCUGGAGAACACCUGCGGUGGGCGCCUGCGGGUGUACCGCGCUGGCACUCCUCCAGGCCAUGAGUACGCGUCUAUGCACAUUAAAGCUCUCGUGGUGGACGAGAGGACUGUCCUUCAAGGGAGCUACAACUACACAUACAUGGCAGCUAGGUAUAAUGAAGAGUUGCUCGCUCGUUCCCAGGAUCCAUGUAAGACUGUUUUGGGUAUUUUUGAAGCCCUCAGGGCUGACGCAGGGACAAAAAGGAUGCGGCGAAAGGGUGUCAAAUAG